AUGUAUCAUUACUCCAGUCCACCACACGGGUGGUCCACCUACGACUACACACAAUCUCCUCCCACCUCACCUCAAUACGCCUACUACGCCUCGCAAUACGCGAACUCCUACUCACCUCGGGGCACCACACGUCGACACAACCGCAAGGCCAGCUACACAGCGACCAAAGAAACGCCAGGAUGGUAUUCGACCUAUCAACCCGGUUUCUAUGAAACCACAGACUAUGGCAUUCCAUCGCGAAAGCACGAUCAUGUAAGUGCUACUUUUGGAAAGCCCACACAUCGUCGAUACCACUCCUCGGCGGGUUAUCCUCCGGAUGGCUUCGACAACGGAUACGGAUACGACCCGGCGCAAUCGCAGACCCGACCCAUCUUCGUCGAUGUGGUCGACGACGCAUUCGACGGCCACCCAGGCUACACUGGCCGUCCCCCCACGACCCCGAAAGAUGGUCCCCGUCGCACCUCGACCUCUUACCGCAAACCCAACCCAGCUGAUUCUCACUUUUACUUCACUCAGGCCCCUAACAACGAGGAUAUUGACGCGGCUCGACGAUCCCGCGCCAGACGCCAAUCUACUUCCACUCGCACUCCCAAGCCCAAGCCUCCUCCCGCCGCAAAGCCCCCUCCUGUCGCCACUGAAGACGACGCCGCGCGAGCCAAGAUUCCCCCGGGGUACUCGAUCAAGAACUGGGACCCCACCGAGGCGCCGAUCAUCUUGCUGGGCAGUGUCUUCGACGCCAACUCUCUUGGGAAAUGGAUCUACGACUGGACCGUUUUCCACCACGGGGCCUCGACCCCCAUGGCCGACGUCGCUGGCGACCUGUGGCUAUUGUUGAUCAAGCUUGCGGGCAAGGUGAAGAGGGCUGACGAGUGCCUGGAUCGCAUCCAACGUGUCGAGGCCCGGGAAGUCGUGGAAGACUUCCUGGAAAGUGGCGAGCGCCUGUGGGGCCGCUUCAAGAAGCUGCUCAAGGGCUGCGAGGUUUACAUGUGGAAGGCCGCCAAGCGAGAAGGCGGCAAGGGGCCUGUCUCUAUGGGCCGCAACUCCGGCUGCGAGUUCGUGGAAUCGAUUUUCGGCCGUGAUCGCGAGCUUGAAAACACCGAGAAGCUCAUGAACAGCAUCCGGCUGUGGAACAUGCGCUUCGACGCAAACUGCGAAGACAUCCUGCGCCGCCCUGCGGCUGCUUAG